AUGGCUCUCCCUCUCCGGGCUUCCCUAGAGUCUGCGAGGGCCUCUUGGCCCGCCGCGCGGGGCCCCUGCAUGCACCGGUUUGGGGGCCCCCCUCCAGCUGCUGCAGCAAGGGGUGCAGCGCAGCUGGGGCCCCCGCAGCAGAGGGGGGCCCCCUCAUUUGGGCCUUCCCCUGCGUCCCAGCGGGAGGCUGAGGGCCCCCCGCGGCCCAGGCCUCCGUGCAUGCGCUCCCCCAGGCCUUUUCACAGUUACGGGGCUUAUCUGGGGGUCCCCUUGAGGGGCCCCGGGGCCCCCUGGGGACGGGGGGCCCCCCGGGGUCCAGGGGCCCCCCGUGCCCCCGAGGCCCCCCUCCCAGGGCCCCUUGCAAUGCAUUUUCAAAUGAGCAGCAGCAUAUUUUUGGACAAAAGUUUCUUAGCAGCUAGUAAUGGGUCUUGGCUAGAAAAGGGGACUGCGGAGGGACUGUCUGUACACCCCAGAAGCAGAAAAGGAGACAAGUCGCGCGCGGGCUGGCGGUGGAGGACUCUGGCAGCAGCAGCGGCGCCGCUGGCUGCAGGGCCUGUGCAGCAGCAGGAGGAGCUCGAAGAGCAGCAAGAGGAGGAGCAGCAGCAGCAAGAGCAGCAGCAGCAGCAAGAGCAGCAGCAGCAGCAGCAGCUGCGGCCUGGGGAUGUUGAGUUGGCUGCUGCGGGUUCUGCGGUGUGGAAGCGCGCGCAGCAGUACUUGCUGGCGGAGAAGCUGGAGAAGAUGCUGCUAGCGGCGUUCUCCCGGCUGGGCAGUUUGCGCAGCAGCAGCAGCAGCAGCAGCAGCAGCAGCAGCAGCAGCAGCGAGGUUUGUCUGGAGAGUGGGGCUUCGUGGGGCGUGAGCGGGUGGGUGCGUUUUUUGCGGAGUUUGUGGUCUUUGCUGCUGGCGACUGUGGACUACAAAGUGACGUUUUUUCGGUUGUACCUGCUGUCGGUGCGAGAGGAGCAGCAGCUAGCAGCAGCAGCAGCAGCAGCAGCAGCAGCAGCAGCAGCCGCCGCCGCCGCCGCCGCGGCCGCCGCGGAGGGCCGGGAUUCGGAGGCGGCGGCGUUGCUGGCUGCGGCGGAGCAGCACGGAGCGGAGAGCGCGCGGCUGCGGGCAGCAGCAGCAGCAGCGCGCAGCAGCAGCAGCGCAGCAGAGCAGCAGGCGCAUGCGCGCGGCGCAGCAAGACUGCUGCGGCUCUGCAGCAGCCACGGCGGCCUCUACGUGAAGCUGGGCCAGUACGUGGCCACGCUGCAGCACGUGCUGCCAGCAGCUUACGUGCAGACUCUGUCGCAGCUGCAAGACAACGCAGCCAGAGUGCCCUGGGGGGAGGCCCUGCUGCUGCUGGAGAGCGAGCUGGGGGGCCCCCUGGGGGCCUUUUUCUCCGAGUUCGACCCCGAAGCUGUUGCUGCUGCUUCUCUGGCCCAAGUCCACUGGGCGCGGCGGCGCAGCGACGGGGCGGAGGUGGCGGUGAAGCUGCAGCGGCCGCUGCUGCAGCAGCACUGCGCAGCAGACUUGCAGGGGCUGCGGACUUUGUUUUGCGUGCUUUCUUUUUUCUUUCCGCGCUGCAAGUUCGGCUGGCUGCUGCCGGAGUUCCAGCGGAACCUGCAGCAGGAGCUCAGCUUCCGCCAGGAGGGUUUCAACGCGGCCAGGGCUCGCAGGCUCUUCGCUGGCUGCAGCCAAGUCUAUGUGCCUUGGGUGGACUGGACUUUGACCACUGACAAGGUCUUGACGAUGGAGUUCGUUCGCGGCGCGAAGCUCACGGACCCUCUCGCGCUGCAGCAGCACGGAGUUGCUGCGCAAAGCGCGCCCCAGCUCGCUGCGCUGCUGCUCAAGGUCUUCGGCGAAAUGCUGCAUCUCCACGGGCUCGUCCACUGCGACCCCCACCCCGGCAACCUCCUCGUCCGCAGAGUCCCGCCCCCUUGCCACCAGCAGCAGCAGCAGCAGCAGCAGCAGCAGCAGCGGAGGCGCCUGCUGCGGCUCAGCUGCGACGCCCGCGAGGGCCCGCAGCAGCAGCAGCAGCCAGUCCACAGCCACCGCGCAGGCCUCCAGGCCGCAGACCACGCCAACGAACACGCCCCCGACCCCGGAAACACCAGCAGCACCAGCAGCAGCAGCAGCAGCAGCAGCAGCGGCAACUGCAGCGGCGACUGCAGCGGGAACUGCAGCAGCUGCAGCGAGGGGCAGCUGCAGCUGGUAGUGCUGGACCACGGCAUGUACCGCCGCCUCUCCCCAGACUUCCGAAUUGCCUUCAGCCGCUUGUGGCUGGCGCUGCUGCUGAACGACGUGGAGGAGGGCCGCCUGGCGCUGCGAGAGCUGGGCAUCGACAAGCAGCUCAAGCUGCAGCAGCAGCAGCAGCAGCAGCAGCAGCAGCAGCCGGGGGAAGUGCUGCAGCAGCCGCCGCAGCAGCCAGAAUGGCACGCCGGCGGGGACCCCUCGAAAGCUGCGUCUGCGUCUGAGGAGCAGCAGCCUGCUGCGUCGGGGUGCCCCUGGCACUUGGGGAGCAGCAAAAAGCCCAGCAACAGCAGCAGCAGCAGCAGCAGCAGCAGCAGCAGCAGCAGCGGGGAGCUGCCGUUUUGCCUGGACGAAGACACGGCGCUGGACUUGCUGUCGGUAGUGCUGACGUACCGGCCCCAAAUAAACCUGCGAACCCAACUGGGGGCCCCCCUGCACUCGCGGGACCGCGCCAAAGUGCUGGGGGCCCUCCGGGGCUCCCCCGUGGAAAGCCUCAACGGCUUUCUGCAGCUGCUGCCGCGAGACCUCCUCUGGGUGCUGCGCAUGAGUUACCUCAUCCGCAGCAUCAACUGCGACUUGGGGGGCACUACGAAGCAGCGGCUGCUGGCCAUGGGCGAGGCUGCAUGCAGGGGCGUGCAGCUCCGCGACAGCAGCCUCAGCAGCAAGCUCGACGACUGCCAACGCUUCGCCGCCCAGCUCCAGCAGCCCCCCAGCAGCAGCAGCAGCAGCAGCAGCAGCAGCAGCAGCAGCAGCAAGGGCAGCGCGGGCGGAGCCCCCAGGUGGUACGAGCUCCCAGGGGCAAACUCCCUCAACUUGCCCGUCGCCUCCGAAUACCCGGCCUACUCCUCCUGGCGUUCGAGCUGCCCUCGGUCUCACUGCAGCAGCAGCAGCAGCAGCAGCAGCAGCAGCGAGAGCCUGCAGUCUGCUUCCUCGCCACAUGCAGACACAGAACUAGCGGCAAGUGAUGCUCCUGCUGCACAAACUCAGCAGCAGCAGCAGCAGCAGCAGCAGCGGAUGAAGGACCCGCUAGAGGACUUGUACACUCAGAUGGUUCUAAUCAAUGGUGCGGAACAGCCCGACCCGCUUUCUGCCUAUAGAGGAGAACACGGGGAGCCCCCGGGGCCGCAGCAGCAGCAGCAGCUGCUGCUGCUGCAGGCCGUGCGGAGGCAAGCAGCAGAGUGCCGCGCUCAGUCCCCGUUGCUGCUGCACUCUCUGUGUGGGUCUCUCAAGCAGCAGAGAAGCCCCACGUGUCACUCCCUAAGCAGUGCGCAACAAGAAGACAGCAGCAGCAGCAGCAGCAGCAGCAGCAGCAAUAGCUGCAGCAGCGGCAGCAGCAGCAGCAACAGCAGUGCUGCUGCCGGUGCCUCAGGCAUUUCCCGGCUAGCAGCGCUUUUUAGAGGCCCGAGAGCGCCGCGCAGACCCCCGCCGGAGGCUGAAGCAGCAGCAGCAGCAGCAGCAGAAACAGCUGCUGCUGCUGCUGCUGACUGGCCCGACAGCAAAGUGUCGGCGGAGGCCCCCUGGGCCCCCCUAGGCUUUUUCGGGUCUCUGCGGCAGCUGCGGCUGCGGCUGGAACUGUUUUGGACAGUCUCCUUGCUGCGGCUGCAGCUGUGGUUUGUAGAUUUGCUGCUGCAGCUGGCGGUGGGGUCGACAGUCACGCAGCAGUCGCAGCGCCGCUCCUACGGCUAG